GCAAAUAUAUACAAAAAAGGAAAUUGUUCAAUAAAUCUCGUUUAAAAUGUAAAUCUCGCGGCUACGAGAUUACCUCAUUACCGAAUUUAUUGACAACUUGCGAAAGGAUUCCAACCGUUUUUCUUUAACGCUGAUAGUUGUGCAUUUCUGUUUGACAACGCAGAUGAGCUUUAUAUUCCACAUAGCGGUUAUACCUUUUCAAAGAAUAUUUAUAUGUUAAGUGGCAAGUAUGACAAUCGUAAUGAGAGGUAGCCCUGCUGGCGGAGACACCUCACAGGAAGCUCAGCAGCCUGGGGCAAAUCCAGCCACAGCUCCCACAGCACCAGCCACAACACCACAACCAGUACCCCCUACUCAGCAGUCGAGUCCAAGCACACAGCAGGGUGAAGAGAAUGGACAAGGGGAUGUAAAUAUGGAACCAGGAGAGGAUGGGGAACCAGACUUCCCAAUUCAGGAACUUGCACGUCUUGAUGAGAUGAUUAACAGACCACGUUGGGUUGUGCCUGUCCUUCCCAAUGGUGAACUUGAAGUUUUGCUGAAUGCCAGCAUUAAACUUUGCAGAGAAGGACUUGAUACAAGGAGUGAGGCUUGCCAGAGAUUUUUCAGAGAAGGUUUAACAGUCUCUUUCUCAAAGAUUAUGACCGAUGAGGCUGUCAGUGGCUGGAAAUAUGAAAUCCAUAAAUGUAUAUUGAACAAUGCAGCCAAGUUAGUAGAGUUGUGUGUAGUGAAGUUGUCCCAGGACUGGUUUCCUCUGCUAGACCUUCUUGCUAUGGUUUUCCAUCCACAGUGCAAGUUUCACACUUACAAUGGAACGCGAUCCUCGGAUACAGUACCUGCAGGCUCUACACUACCAGAUGAUGCACUGUUUGCUAGACCUCCUGAUCCUAGAACUCCAAGGGGUUGGCUAGUAGAUUUAGUGAACAAGUUUGGCAGUUUAGAGGGUUUUCAGAUCCUACUUGACAGAUUUAUCAACAGUUCUACAUUGUCUGUUCCUGUAAUAGCUGCCCUUGUCAAACCUUUCGGAUUAUGUACAGAAGUUCUUACACCACAUACUGUGCAGAAAUAUUUUAUGCCGAUCGUGGAAAUUGUUCCAAAGUUCUUGGAUGGUCUGACAGAUGAAGAGUUGAAGAAGGAAUCCAAGACAGAGGCAAAAAAUGAUGCAUUGUCAUCCAUAAUCAAAGCACUGAAACAGCUUGUCUACAAACUUCCUAACCAGGAAGAUACAAUCAAAAGCUUGGAGAUAUUCAGACUCAAAAUGAUCCUAAGAUUGUUACAGAUAUCAUCAUUUAAUGGGAAAAUGAAUGCCCUGAAUGAGGUUAACAAAGUGAUCGCUAACGUGUCAUUUCACUCCAGUAGACACUCUCAGUCUGAGGAAGAUGAAUGGCUUACAGCUGAUAAAAUGGCGGAAUGGAUACAGGAGAACGAUGUAUUAUCUAUUGUGUUGAGAGAUAGCUUACAUCAGCCACAGUAUGUUGAGAAGUUGGAGAAGAUUCUACGCUUCAUGAUCAAAGAGAAAACUCUGUCAUUACAGAAUUUAGAUAAACUUUGGGAGGCUCAGUCUGGGAAACAUGAUGCUAUAGUGAAGAAUGUACAUGAUUUGCUGGCAAAGUUAGCUUGGGAUUUCUCACCAGAACAGCUGGAUCAUCUUUUUGAAUGUUUUCAAGUAAGCUGGGCACAUGCAUCAAAGAAGCAAAGGGAGAAAUUGCUAGAAUUGAUUCGACGUCUAGCCGAAGAUGACAAAGAGGGUGUCAUGGCUCACAAGGUGUUGGGUCUGUUAUGGAACCUUGCCCACAGUGAAGAUGUUCCCACAGAUAUAAUGGACCAGGCUCUAUCAGCUCACAUCAAAAUUCUGGACUACAGCUGCAGUCAGGACCGUGAUGCACAAAAGAUGAGCUGGAUCACUAAGUUUGUAGACGAACUCAAGAAUGACAAGUGGGUGUUGCCAGCUCUGAAACAGAUCAGGGAAAUAUGCCAGCUUUUUCCAGAGGCACCACAGAACUUCCCUCAUGUACCAAACAGAGUGAGUCAUGUGUACUACAGGAACUCUGUGAUCAGUGUUCUCCAGUCAAACCAUGCUAUAGUUAUGGCAGUGGCACAAAAUCUCUCUGCAUAUAUGACUAAAGCGAGAAACUACUUCAAAGAGCAUCCAAAUGUGGACCCAGCUAAUAUUUUGCCAGAUGGAAGGUUUAAUCAUAUAGUUCAAGUGCAAGAACGGUUAAGAUUUCUCAGAUUCCUGUUGAAAGAUGGUCAGCUGUGGUUAUGUGAAUCUCAGGCCAGACAAAUCUGGCAUUGUUUAGCUGAAAAUGCAAUAUAUGCUACAGACAGAGAAGCCUGUUUUAAAUGGUUUGCUAAGUUAAUGGGAGAAGAACCUGAUCUAGACCCAGAAAUCACUCGAGAAUUCUUUGAGAAGAACAUUCUUCAGUUUGAUGCUUCACUUUUGUCAGAAAAUGGAAUGAAUUGCUUUGAGAGAUUUUUCAAGCAUGUCAACUUAAAGGAAAACAAGUUAAUCCAGAAAAGAAGAGGAGGAUACAUGAUGGAAGAUCUUGAACUUGUUGGUUAUGACUACCUCUGGAGGGUUGUGAUGCUGGCGCCGGAGGAUGUAGCAGAGAAAGCUAUUGUGCUGCUAAAGGAUACAUUCACAAACCUUGGUCCUCGCCUCCAGCAAAGUCAAAUAGAAAUCCAUGAGGACUUUAUACAAACAACAAUGGACAGGCUCAAGGCAUUGUUUGACACAGUGUCAAUCCUAGAGGAAGAUAAGGAGUCUACAAAGAGUAUGAUGCAGGAGACAACACGGAUGAUUCGUGUGUUGACUGUAUUGAAGGAGUAUGUGAAUGAAUGUGAUGAACUAUUUGGUGAAGAGAGGUCUAUAUUGCCCCUUAGCAGGGCAUGUCGUGGUAAACUAGUCACGUUAGUUGUGAGAUUUCCAAAUCAAGGCAGGCAGGUAGAUGAUAUAGAGAUCUGGUCUCACACUAAUGAAACUAUAGGUGCUGUGAGGAGACAUAUAUUACACAGGGUUAAAGCCAACACAAAUGUUAAAGUAGAUCUAUACGUAAAUGGUGAAAUCCUGGAACCAGGGGAGGAUAAGAGAUUGAUAUCUCAAAUUCCACUGAGAGAUAAAAUGUUGAUUACAGCAAAGUUGGUGCAUGUUGGCAACUCUAUGCCAUCUAGUCCAGACUCGAGUUCAGAUAGUUCAGGUGGUUCCCCACAUCAUACAUUUGAUGGACCAAAUGUUGAGGCUGAGAACUGCCUGCCAGGCGUGUUGAUGUCUAACAAUCAAAGAUAUGCUCAGUUUUUGUUUCAACUAUCGGACCUGGGGUGUUCAUUGCAAGUGCCAAAGUUAAGAGAUACCGGAAGAACUCUGCUAAAGUUGAUGCCAGCAGAUGCGAGUUCAAAGGAGAAGUUUCGGACAAUAUGUUCUGAGCAUGUAAGGUCUGUAACAGGAACAGGAAUGUCACAACAGUUAGAGGCUAUGUUUUUCAACUCUUCACCUACACAAGUGCUCUACAAUAUAGAGGUGGCUUAUAGUUUGUUAAUGCCAUCACAAGAUCCAAUGGCAGAAGAUGCUUUUGAAUUCCAGUAUAAUUUUAUUCGAAGUGGAGGUGUUCAAUUAGCAUUGAAUAUGAUGACCAAAAACAACUUCCUACCUAAUGCUGACUUAUCAACUAGAAGGUUGGCGUAUGUCUCCGUGUUGAAGAUGUGUAAGCUGAUGUUGACUGUAGUGGGGUAUGCCAAGUUACAGGUUGUAGUCGAUGCAUGCAGUAAUGAGCCACGUGGUCCUCCCAUCACGUCGGCUGAACAUAGUCAUGCUGUUAUACUUCAACAGGCGUUACAUCAUAUACCUAACCAUACAACCGAGUUCACCACAAGAAAUGUUGCAAUUAGGCUUGGGCAACAGCUUGCUGAACAGGCAACAAGUGUGGUACCAGAUUUAAAUACGAUCAAGGCGAUACAGAAAAUAGCGUGGUCAUCAGGGAGUGGUUCCCUUCAUCUAGUGCAUGCCUCCAAUGAUGAGAUACAUAAGGCUCAUGAAAAGGUAAUGUCACAGGAUUUAACACCUGACCCAGAUGACUUAUCUGUAGCCCGGGAGGCGAUGGAAGUGCUAACUGUAUGUAUGUUGCUGUGUCCCAGUGCCACUGAGGCCCUGCAUAAAGACAAGGCCUGGCAGCUGUUCAUUAUAGACAACCUUCUACACUGUAGAAACAAACCAGUUCGACAGUCCUCUUCAGAACAGUUUUUCCUGAUGGCAACCAAGUGUAGCAGCAGCCACAGACCAGUUGUGUUCUUUAUUACUCUCCUCUUUACUGUUCUCUCCAAUUUAGCAAAAGACAAUGCUAAGCAAGCAAGUGAAUAUUUCCAGUUACUAUGUAGGUUGUUGAAUUAUGCAUGUAGUACUGAUGUUCAUCUACCAAAUGCUGAAGUGCUACUGAAUAAUGAAAUUACUUGGUUAAAACGGGUUCGGGACCAGGUGUUGACCACUGGAGAGAGUCAUGUAGAAGAGACACUAUUAGAGGGUCACUUAGGGAUCACUAGGGAACUACUCUCCUUCCAGUCAGCAGAGAAAAAGUUUCAGAUGGGCUCUCAACAGGGAGGGGCAAACUUGAUAAAAGAGUUGGUGGAAGAUUUCGUGUUUCCAGCAUCAAAAAUAGUGCUACAGAGUCGGAAAUUAAAUGGGGAGUUUCCGACCGACCAGGCAACACCUGUUUGUACAUCCCCAGCAACUGUGAUAGCUGCAUACGAUCUCCUGGUAGCUUUGUGUACGGGAUGUGUACCUAACCUGAGGUCACUGGCAGCCAUGCUUAUUGAUAUGUAUUAUAGUGGGGAUGUGCCCUUACAGGAGUGGGAGUUUCUACCACCAGUUGGGGCUCGGCCCCAAAAGGGAUUUGUUGGUCUGAAGAAUGCAGGGGCAACUUGUUACAUGAACUCUGUACUUCAGCAGCUGUUUAUGAUAGAGCCAAUUCGAGCUGGUACUAUGUCAGUGGAGGGUGCAGCAGAUGAUGUAGAGGAAGAUUAUUCCUCCAUGGAGAAGGGAGAAGGAGAGACAAAUGUGGACAUGGCAGAGGAGGAGAGGAAGGACGAGGAGAAGCCUGUGUCGAACAGAGAUGAGGAAAGAAAAGAAUAUAAUCUUGGUAUACUCAAACAGAUACAGCUUAUCUUUGGUAACCUCUAUGCCAGCAAGCUCCAGUACUAUGUUCCUAGGGGAUUCUGGAAACAUUUCAAAUUAUGGGGUGAGCCAGUGAACCUGCGGGAACAGCAUGAUGCCCUAGAGUUCUUUAACUCCCUUGUAGACAGUGUGGAUGAAGCUCUGAAAGUGCUGGGACAGCCUACCAUACUUCAAAAAGUGCUUGGAGGCUCAUUUGCUGAUCAGAAAAUCUGCAAAGAUUGCCCACAUAGGUACCAGAGAGAAGAACCGUUUACUUCAUUGAAUGUAGAUAUACGUAAUCACCAUAAUUUAUUUGAGUCAUUAGAACAAUAUGUGAAGGGUGACCUGUUGGAGGGAGCAAAUGCUUAUCACUGUGAUAAAUGUAAUAAAAAGGUCGAUACUGUGAAAAGACUUGUGAUACGAAAGUUGCCUAAAAUCUUAGCCAUACAGUUAAAAAGAUUUGAUUAUGACUGGGAAAGGGAAAGUGCAAUAAAGUUCAAUGAUUAUUUUGAAUUCUCACGUGAAUUUGACAUGGAGCCAUAUACAGUUCAAGGACUGGCAAAAAUAGAAGGUGAGAUUAUUGAUGCUGACUGUGAUGAAAAGGGACAAAGUACGAAGUACAAGUUGAUAGGGGUUGUUGUACAUAGUGGACAGGCUAGUGGAGGACAUUACUACUCUUAUAUUCUACAUAAGGGUGAGGGUACUCCAAAGUGGUACAAGUUUGAUGAUGGUGAUGUUUCUGAAUGUAAGAUGGACGAUGAUGAGGAGAUGAAGAAUCAGUGUUUUGGUGGAGAGUACAUGGGAGAGGUGUUUGACCAUAUGCUCAAGAGAAUGACAUACAGGCGACAGAAGAGAUGGUGGAAUGCCUAUAUUUUGUUCUAUGAACGUGUGGAUGAUGUGGAGGAUGAAAAAAUCUCCAAGACAAUACAGGAUCUUAGCAUUAGUAACCCAAAACCGAAGAUGCCAAAGACAAUAGAAAAGUGUGUGCGCAAACAGAAUAUAAUGUUUAUGCAUGAGAAGACACAGUUCAGUCCCGAAUAUUUCCAGUUUAUGAAGAGAUUAUUGACAUGUAAUCAGAUAUAUACACAUACAAGUAGUACACAAGAUAAACUGUCACAAGAAGCGGAACACUUGGCAAUGUUGAGCACUGAACUUGCUUCUAAAUUCCUAUUUACAGUGGGCUUUCAUACAAAGAAAUCUCUAAGAGGGUCAGCCACAGAAUGGUACGAGGCUCUUACAUGUAACCUGAGGUCUAGUAAAAAAGUGAGGAUGUGGUUUGCCCAGAAUGUCAUGUUUUCACAGCCAGGAAGAUUUGCGGAGUACCUUUUGGAGUGCCCUAGUUCAGAGGUACGGAAUGCAUUCUGCAAGGUUGUUGUAUGCCUGGCUCACUUUUCUCUCAAUGAUGGUGUGUGUCCACCUCCACUAUUGCAGGGUCUCUAUGCUGGCCAUUCUGCAGACCCAAAUGCAACGUUGAGUGACCAUCUACUGAUGGCUGUAUUAAACCUACUGAAGAAGGAAGUGUCGGAACAUGGUCGACAUCUACAACAAUACUUCCACCUGUUUCUCAUGUACUCUAACCUUGGUGUGGCUGAGAAAAUGCAUUUACUGAAGUUGAAUGUACCAGCGCUAUUUAUGAUGGUAGCUCUGGACGAGGGACCAGGACCACCAAUCAAGUACCAGUAUGCAGAACUAAGCAAACUGUACUCUGUAGUCUCUCAGUUAGUACGAUGUUGUGAUGUGUCCUCAAAAUGUACCUCAUCUGUGCAAAACCAGGAACCAUCACCCAAUCCAUAUGGAGACCAGAUACUGAUGCCUAUCCAGGCUCAGGUAGCUGAUAUACUCAUCAGUAGAACCAGUUAUGUGAAGAAACUUCUCGAAGAUUGUAACAACUCGGAAGAUACCACCAAACUGUUGCGAUACUGUUGCUGGGAGAAUCCACAUUUUUCAUCCACUGUCCUCAGUGAACUACUGUGGCAGGUUGCGUAUUCAUACACAUACGAGCUACGGCCGUACCUAGAUCUUCUACUACAGAUGUUACUGCUGGAAGACUCCUGGCAGAACCAUAGGAUACACAAUGCUCUCAAAGGUAUUCCAGAUGAUCGGGAUGGAUUGUUAGAUACUAUACAGAGAUCCAAGAGUCACUACCAGAAGAGAGCAUAUCAGUGUAUCAAAAUGAUGGUUGCAUUGUUCAUGCAUUGUCCACCAGCCCAGCAAAUGUUGCUAAGUAACAGUGAUCUGAAGAGACGCUGGACCAUGGCUGUGGAAUGGUUAAAUGAUGAGCUUGAACGAAGACCAUACCCGGGCAAUGCACAGUAUACUUACAACAACUGGUCACCUCCAGCUCAGUCAAAUGAAACAUCCAAUGGGUAUUUCCUAGAGAGGUCACAGAGUGCACGGGUAACCCUGGCAAAAGCAAUAGAGUUAUGUCCUGAUCCAGAGGAGGAUCAAGAGGAUGCUGAUUUAACAGAUGACCAGGAAGGAUCACAUCUAGAUGAUUCACAACAAGGGGUCAGUCAGGAAGAUAGUGAGAGGUCACAGGGUCAAAGGUCGGCAGAUGGCAGGCAGGUCCAGAACAAUCAGGUUACUGUAGAGAAGUCACAGCCGGUACAACCAAACAACCAGAUCAACAAUCAGUUGAAUACACCAUCAACCAGUGAACAACAGACUACAGUAGAAACUGGCGAGGAGGAGGAGAAGACCGAAUCAAAGGUGGUGACAGAGGAAGAGGAAAAGGUGGAGAAACUGACAAAAUCCAGUCAGGAUUCCACAAAAUCUGACCAGGAACCCAGUUCCUCAAAACCUGCACCAGAUGUGGGAACUUCUAAAUCUGCACCGGAAUCCAACACAAAAUCCACAAACAAGGAACCAAAAACUGUCAAUAAAGACAAAGGAAAACCUGUUUGAAACCUCAUCUUUGUUAUAUCUGGAUAACAUGAUUAUAGAAAUUUUAUUAUGAAAGAAAGCAAGUUCAGUUUUAUGGGGGGUGAAAAAACCUUGGAAACCCGGAGAAAAACGAUGAAAUUGCAAACAUACAUGUGCUGUGGUGUAACUGUUCAUCUGUAGCAAAUGUUUGCUUCAGUGCCAUUCCUUUUUUAGAAGAAAGAGUUAAGAACUAGGUCUUUGAGCAUGGAAAAUUUUGAUGCAAUCGUAUAACAACUAUACAGUGAUGAAAUUAUCAUAUUUUUCAGUCAGUUGGAACAUAUUAAUGAUAUUGUUCAAGCGAAAAACAGGGUGUAGUGUUGUAUCAAGAUAUUUGAGUUGAGCUAUGGUCUCUAAGGUUGGAGAUAGCAUGGCUUUAUUGAAGAAUUAAAUUCUGUAUAUAUAAUGUAGUUUAAACUAUUUGAAAAUAAGUGGAUACACAGACAUAAAGAUGUAGUAACAACUUUACUGAAAAGAGAAAUUGAUUUACUGAAACUGUACUUGAUUUGCACUGUUUCUUAUUUUCUAUAAGGAGAUUCACAAGGAUGUUUUGUUUGUAUCUAAAUUUUUAAAAUAGUCUGUUUUAUUUUAUAAAUUGUAGUGACUACAGUUACAAAAUUAAGGAGUAUGUGAUGAUUGAAUCAAAUGGGAGAUUUGCAUUCAUGCAUUUUCAAAGUUACAAGCUAUUGCUAAUUUCCAAAGCAUUUAAUUGUAACUUGCCUAUACCAAAAGGUGUUAAAAUGAGCUUAUUGUUGCAAUAGUUUCAUAUGGAAAACAACAUUUAUGCUCCAGCUGCUGUUGUAAAGAAUCUUGUUUUUGCUAGGAGUAUACAUAAAAGUUGUGAAAACUUAGGGGGGGAAAAAUAAUGUCUGUGGACAGGUAGUGUUGGGAAGCUUAUAUCAAAAAGGGAGGUUUAAUUGGGGAAUUGUCUGCGAACCAGACCAAUUGUUUUUCUUUGUUUUAUUAAUGAGAUAAAGUAUGGAUAAACUGUAAAGUAUUCAUGAUGUUUAAAACCAGUGGAGGGCAACAUUGAAGGCUAAAUUGAACUUAAUAUGUUUAUUAUAAUAUUUCCUGUAUUUGUUAGGUGAAACAAGAGUAAAUAGGGAGGUUGAGAUUUAUGUAUAAGCAUGUAGACCUGUGUAGAAAUUUUAUCUACAUAGUCAUAUGUCAGAGAAAAAUUGGAAUUAAUUAAUUAAUCAGUUGUCUCUUCGCAUAAAUACCCAGGGUUCUAGACCGACCGAGUGGUUACUGUCACUGACUUCCAAUCACUUCUCUCCUCUGUCAGCUGGGUUAAAGUCAAUGCUUUUGUUGUCCUGUAAAGAAGCCAUUUAUAUGGCGUUAGGAAGGUUGUGGUUCUAUUCAGUGCCCACAUGUGCAUGAAAUAAUGUCGGAGGGGCAUGUGGGUUCUUCCUCCACCUCGUCACGGGUGCAAGGUAAAACUAAAGCAACAAAUCUCAAAACUUUCUAUUUUCAAAACUUUUUACGCUCCGGAUGCUUAAUGUGAAGGCACAUUUUGAAAUUUGAGGGCAAGAAAUUUUGUAGUUUUGGCCUAAAUGGCUGUUUCACAAGAAUGCAAAUUUGUGAAUACAUAAACUAUAUAGGAAUUUUUUGAGAUUUUAUUUCAUGGAUUGACUAAAGUACGUAGUCCACGAAAAUAAGCCCCCCACCCCACCCACCCACAAAUAUUAAUGGUUUUACAGUAUUAGAAUUUGUUAGAAAUAAGCCUACAUGAACAGUACUUACACAAAUCUCAAUCUCUUUAAUGACUUGUAAAUCUAAGGAGAUAGAUAUUUAUCUGUCUCCCUGAAGGAAUUAAGAUUCCUUUUUAUUUUGAAAAGAAUGUGCUAUUGUUACUUUGAUGCAUUGAUGUAAAUAGAUAUAUGUGAAUACUGUCUUCAGACCUGUUUUACAUCUACCUGUGUACUGUUUGCUUGCUCUUUUAUUCUCUGGCUUUUACUUGUAUGUUGUAUUUAAGUGAGUCAUUGUGUUGAUACAAAGGUGUGUACAUAAGACUGUGUUAUACAUAUUCUAUAGUGUAGAUACAGCAGGUAUAAUGUAGAUGUAUAAUAGUUACAACAGCUUGCUUGAUGAUGUAAAUGCUUUCAUCAUGAUUAUGUCAUUAUUAUAGACAUUGACUGUGGACACUGACCAGUCACCUGAGCUAUACCAAGUGAAAAGGAUCCUUACGGUAUUGUCCAUUAUUACUUACUUUAUCAAUGAAAAAAAAACAAACAAACAUAGUUUUGAAGUGCAUGUAGUCUGAUGGUUCGUAUAUCUAAAUUGAUAUCAGAAGUCAUUUUAGCAUACAUUAAAUGUUUAUACAUGGAAACUUGUGGUAAUAACGGCUCCCUGCCAUUUGAUGUUAUUGGAGUGGAUGUUGUUAGAAUGAAUGUUACUGGAAUGAAUCUUAUUGGAGUGGAUGUUAUUGGAAUGAAAGUAUUGCAAUGGAUGUCAUAGGGACUAGUAGCCGGUAUUUUUGUCUUUGCUUUAAAUCUAAAUUAAAACUAUAAAAAGGAGUAUUGAGUAAGAAAAACAUCUUUCAUUUUUAUUAGCUUGAUCCUUUACCUAAUAUGACAAAGGUAAAGAUAAAAUGUAGCUUCAAGCAAUUUGGGAAAAUAUACCUAUAGUGAAAAAUUUCUAUAAAUCUAGUUGGCUUCUCUGCGGUUAUUUCAAUUCAAAUUGUUUAGGCCCCUCUGCAUGUAGUUGGAUUUCCUCUCUAUAGAUAAAAUAUUACUUGUAUUCAAUUUUUUUUUAAACAUUGCUAUCAACUGAAGACCUAUAAAGAUGAAAUUAAAAUUUAAAGUAAUAGUUUUCCUUGCCGGACAUACAAGAAAUAUGUUCACUGAUUAAUGAUGCUAUAAGGAUCGUUUUACACUUGGUUUGACUUAUUACUAGGAAUAAGAUGCUUCAGUUUGCAGCAGUUGUUUUAAUGUGUUUUAAAUGUUGCAUUAUGAAAUUUCUUUUAUAUUGAAAAAUAGAACAUAUUUGCGAGUCAACAAAAUGAAACAAAGAAAUCACCAAUGUUAAGAGUUCCAAUGUAUGAUAAAAUGGCCUUGCUGACAAAAAAUCAUCUUAAUAAUUAUUGAUAUUAAUUAAUUAAUAUUAAUAAAGGGGUGCUAAAAUUUAAGACUGUAUGGCCCCAACAGCAAAACAUUGUUAAUUUAUUGACAUAGCUUGUCUAAUGGAAAUGGGGGAUUUUGAAUAUUGUGGAACAGUUCAGUAAAUAUUUAAAACAGAAUUGAUGAUUUAAUGUAUCUGGAAGUGCUAAAUUAACGUUUUCCACAUGUGUUUCAGCUCAUCUUUUGGUUUGUUGUGCUGAAAUAAUGAAAUGUUGGUAAAGAAGUGAUAACAGUAAUUAAGUUUCAUUAUGCUGUCAGUUGAUAUAUACACUUUUUUCAUACUCAAAAGCUGUUGUUGCAUAAACAGUUGAGCAUUGAAAUCCUGCAAGUUUUUUUUUUUUGUAAAGGAGAAUGUUGAGGUAUGUAUUAUAGUGUGCUGUACUUGAUGUAUAGCUUUUUGUUAAGGUUCUUUAAUUUAUUGUUCAACAUUUUGUAUUCAUAUUGAAUAACUAUUAUUGUUGCUUGAAUGUGAUUGUUCCAUAGCAAGAAUCUAAAUUAUUUUAUAAUGAAGUAAAAUUUUGACACUUUGAA